CCCAGUGGGUGAGCCAGGACGGGCUGGGAAGGUGGUGCCUGAACCAUCUGGCCAAGGGCAGUUGAGGCUUGGGGUCAACUCUCAUGUCCCCAGGGGGCCCCCGAGUAGGCAAGGUCAUCAUGGCUGCUGCCACCAAGCACCUGACACCCGUCACGCUGGAGCUGGGGGGCAAGAACCCCUGCUACGUGGACGACAACUGCGACCCCCAGACCGUGGCCAACCGCGUGGCCUUCUUCCGCUAUUUCAACUCCGGCCAGACCUGCGUGGCCCCCGACUAUAUCCUGUGCAGCCCCGAAACGCAGGCUCGACUGCUGCCCGCCCUGCAGAGUGCCAUCACCCGUUUCUAUGGCGAAGACCCCCAGAGCUCCCCAGACCUGGGCCGCAUCAUCAGUGAGAAGAAUUUCCAGCGGCUCCGGGGCCUGCUGAGCUGUGGCCACGUGGCCAUCGGGGGCCAGACUGAUGAAAGCGAUCGCUACAUCGCUCCCACGGUGCUGGUGGGCGUGCAGGAGACGGAGCCGGUGAUGCGGGAGGAGAUCUUCGGGCCCAUCCUGCCCAUCAUGAACGUGAGGAGCCUGGACGAGGCCAUCGAGUUCAUCCGCCGUCGGGAGAAGCCCCUGGCCCUGUACGCCUUCUCCAACAGCAGCCAGGUGGGGCUGGACAGAGCUCAGAGGGGCGACACUCACCGGAUCAGCAGCGGCCCCUUUGGAGGCAAGGAGGGCUUCAUCUACCCGACUCUGCCGUCCCUGCCACUAGGGGGAGUCGACAACCGCGGAAUGGGCAGCUACCACAGCAAGUUCUCCUUCGACGCCUUCUCCCACCACCGCGCCUGCCUGCUCUCCCCCUCGGGCCUGGAGAAGCUCAAGGACAUCCGCUACUCGCCCUUUUCUGCCUGCACACAGCAGCUGCUCAGCUGGGCCUUGGGCAACCAGCGCUGCCUCCUUCUGUGAGCACCCUGUCCAUCUCCAGUGCCCCAUCCCCACGACCCCCCUGU